AUGAGACUUAGCACCAUUGUGACAACAAAUGUCUACACCAUAAGCGGUAAGCCAAACACGUUGGAAAGUCCCUGCGUCAUUAGGAAACCUCGAAGAUGCCAAGAAACAACAAGAACAUGCUUUUCGGUUAUUCCGAGGCCGCCGCUGCAGCCAGCUGGGCAGGGUUUCAACGGCGGACAUCCAUGCCGAAAAGAAGGGUCAAGUUCAAAUAGCCGGACACAUGAGUAGUCUGGUCGGAUGAAAUAUUUUUGGAUUGGACAGCUGUGCCGCGGUCAGUCCAGCUGUGCAGCUGAAUUUUUCUUCGUCUCCCUAGUUGUCGGACAAAAUAGUCGAGGUAGUCUCGCCCAGUCUCCAUACCGAGAAAAUCGGCGUAAACAAUGUCUUCUUUCUGAGGAGUAGCAGGCAUGGCUUGUUGAACAGCAUGACGCUGGUGGACAUUCGUUUUUCACAAAAACAAGCGGCAAAAGGUCGUGCUUAUUUGACUGCAUCAGUCGUCGAGCAACAAUCAACGAGGUACACAGAUAGGCUGCGAUGGCUCUAGAUUGAGCCACAAAGUAUAAUUGGACGAGUAUGUCCCGUAACUUGAUCGUUGAGGGUCACACCAACAUGUUCUGAUAGCAUUUCUCGGACGUAAAGGCACUAGUAAGGUUCAAAUGCCCUCACAUUCAAAAGACCAAAUGUGAAUUAAAAGGACUAUACUGACUAUACAGUUAUUAUUAAUAACAUGGAUUUGUAAACGGAGAUUGCCACAAACUUUUCGUUCCUCCACCCUGUUGGUCCCAUAGUUCGCCUUUAUAGAAGGGUCUGUGGUAAAAACUAGAUAUUCGAGCAUGAAUCCAAAACGCUGGACCGAGGUAACACUUGUUCCGGUUAUCUUUUCUCUCUCCCAAAAAACUAUAGCUUCGAGGACCAGCUGGACGCGGGUUUGAUCUUUAGAGCUCCCAAGUUUCAAAGUGGGUUAUUGAUGGCGGACGACGACAAAUAACCAAAAACUGGUCAUUCUAAUCUGCUCCCUGAUAUUUCUCGACUAGAGAGUGCUGUUCAAUACAAAUGUAUCUAUUCUGUGGGUGAGAGGUUCGCCUUGAAACUCAAGCAGAGAAAUCUCCUGAGCCAAAAAAUAGGCGGGCUUUUCGAGUCAUUCAGAUGGGAAUACGGGUGACCCAGGACAAAAGGCGGACGCAAUGGCUCUGAGGUAGAAUGCCUGGUAAGAAUCUGAGGAGUCAGCUCUUCCACUAAACCUCACAGUCGACCUUUUCUAGCCAGCUCCCGUAGUAUGUCUUAGUAAAAGAAGGUCUAACUAUUAAGUCGGAGGUCCUGAUAAACAGCCUUUUCACCGGGGUUGUGAAGCGAAAGAAGUGAAGUAUGAUGAUGAUGAUGAUGAGGAGGAGGAGGAGGAGGAGGAGGAUGAUGAUGAUGAGGAUGGUGAGGAUGAUGAUGAUGAUGAGGAGGAGGAGGAGGAGGAGGAGGAGGGGGGACGCCAGAUAAGAGCGGAAGGCCUGAAUAAAACCGAGGCGUGA